CUUUCAUUUUUGUUUGUAUUUUAGUUUUUUUUGUUUUAAUAUAUUUGCUGGUUGAAACUCCUAUUUCUUGUCUUGUAAAGAUUUAAUAAACGCCGUGGGUAAUUUAAGAAUGAGUGAAGCGUUUCGUUGUGUGUUCGGUCCUCGCUUGUGUAGAAUUUACACCGAUAAUGGACGGCAGCACCAAUUAUACCAGCCGAGUAUGCCAGAAAGAGUUGGUGACAAAAUCAUUAAUGUGGCUUCCUAUAUGUAUUCCUUGUCUUUUGUGGCUUCUCCAAUCAUAGGAUAUUUCAUGAUCAAAAGAGGUUUUUUUACAAUGUCUGGUAUUUUUAGUCUUGCUCAUUUUGGAAUGACUUGUUUUUUUAUUUUGGCUGGGUCAUAUUGCAUAAGAGGCUAUGGACGUCUUACAAACAUUCAAUACAGGAAAUUUAUGAAAGUAUUAAUGGAAGUACAAAAGCCUAACCACCAACACACUGCACGGCAAAAUCUAGCACAAUAUGAUUUCCAGUUCAGUUCAUGGCCAAUUGAUUUUUACUGGAAUGAGUCUGAAGAUAGUUUGGAUAGAAAGAAAUUUGCCAAAAUAUAUGAUAGAACCAAGUCAUCCACCAGUUUCAUAGGACGUGCUCUUUCAUUUCCUGGUAGAAUUGCAAGAUAUAUUGUAGCUCAUUAUUUUGCUCGACCAUUGAUGUAUCCAGGAUCAGUGAGACUGUUACAAAAUAUAAUGAGUCAAGCAUUAAAUGAUGGCCGCUCCAGCUUAGUAGCCAAGGAUGGUUGGAGAGCAAAAUUACAAGCAAGAGAUAAUAAUGAAAUAGACACAAUGUUUAUUGAUAGGAGAACAUCAGAUAAUGAAAAUGGACAAAUUUUGGUCAUAGGAUGUGAAGGAAAUGCAGCAUUUUAUGAAGUUGGAACAAUUCAUACACCUCUAAAUGCUGGUUAUUCUGUUCUGGGCUGGAAUCAUCCAGGAUUUGCUGGCAGCAGUGGUUUACCUUACCCUGAUGCAGAACAGAACGCUAUCGACGUCGUCAUAAAAUACGCGAUGGACAGACUUGGUUUUCCCAUUGAAAAUAUUGUCCUAUUCUCGUGGUCAAUAGGUGGUUACAGUGCUACAUGGGCAGCAAUGAUGUACCCAGAUAUCAGAGGCUUGAUUCUGGAUGCUACCUUUGAUACCAUAACGCCUUUGGCUGUCGAAAGAAUGCCUGAAAUAAUGUCAUCAUUCACAGAGGAGGUCGUCAACGACUAUUUUCCGUUGUUUAAUCAUGAACAUUUGACCAGAUACUCCGGACCUGUCCUUCUGUAUAGACGAACAAAGGACGAAAUGAUUAGUGUUAAUGCCAAUGAUAUCACUACAAAUCGUGGCAAUUAUUUAUUAAUAGAGUUGCUGAAGUCCAGAUAUCCUAAUCUCGAAUCCACAUUUGCGCUUCAAAACCUUAGAAUAUACCUGGCUGCUGAAGACACAUUGAAUAAAGAAGCAUUCAAAAAAACACUCGACGUAGAUGAUGAUAAAUGUAAGAAUUUGCUUCGAAAACAUCAGGAAGAAAAUGGAAGACAUUUCCCUUGUGAAAUAGGGAAUGAUUUUGAAGACAUUGACAAGGCGAAAAUGUUGAUCUACUUGGUUUCUCAGUAUCUUAUUGACAUUGAAACAACCCAUUGUACUGCUCUACCUGCGAAAAAAUUCCGAGUUCCACAGAUUGUUUAAUAAUAACAAUCUGCUUGUGUAGAAAAUAUGCAACUCCAUAAUAUUACAAGCUGAAACAUGCUCAAAUUAUAAGAAAAAGUGGCUAAUUUUACCUGUAAGAAUCAGCCAAUGCACAUUAUAAAUUGUUCUAGUUACUAUACUAUCAUGCACGCUAUUACUGGCUUAUCUCUUCUCACAAGUUGCUGAAAAUUUUAGAAAAAACUUCUAUCGUUUUUUUGCGGGUUUGACGAUUUAUUCUUGAUAUCGAUGUUUAAAAAAUUGUAGUAAUAUGUAGGCCUAUAGCGCUUUUAUAACCAAUUCAGUUAAACACAUAUAUGUUAAAAAAAAUUGUUUAAAAAAUUAGAAUAAAAAAUUAAGUGAUUCAGACGAUAGUUAAUGCAUAAAAAAUAUUUGAAACAUAAAACAGGCAAUUGUUGAAAGAGCUUAAUCUUCUUUCGUAAUAAUCUUUAGCAAGAGAAGCAUGUAACAAUAUACGCCGUUUUCUCAAAAUAUGGGGACUUGUGACGUAAAUUAAAACUAUAUAUUAAAGUGUUGUUACUAGUCUUGUAUAUGACGUCACAUUUCGUAGGAUAAUCAUGCGCCU